AUGGACUCUGUUCCUGCGCUCAGGAUGUCAUUGUCUGUCUGUAGACGAUCUGUUCGCACUCCGUAUGUCGUCCAGGGCUGGCGAAUCCAAAUCCAACACCAACACCCACACCAACAAGCCCGCCGCAACAUUUACCCGACGCCAGCUACGUCUCGGAAUGUGCAUUCAAGCACUAGCAAUCCCACUCAAACCAUAGCAAGCGGCGGCGAUGACAACCCGCCCAAAAAGCGAAUGGUCCUCACCCAAGCACAGCGGGACUACCUUGACAGCGCUCUCAGAGUAAACCAAGCUGGCGAACUUGCCGCAACCCUCAUAUAUGCUGCUCAGACACCCCUAGUCACCCGCUCCAAUCCAAAUCUCCGCCCCCUGAUGAAACACAUGUACGACCAGGAAGCUGGGCAUUUCACAACCUUCAACAACCUCGUCGCCAAGCACCGCGUGCGUCCCACAGCAAUGUAUCCCAUCUGGGAAAUAGCCGCGACAGCCCUCGGAUGGUCGACGGGGAGGAUGGGCCGGGAAGCGGCGAUGGCAUGCACAGAGGCGGUCGAGACGGAAAUCGGCACGCAUUAUAACGACCAGGUGCGGGAGAUUUUGGGCUGGUUUGAGGAUGCGCGGGAGCGCGGGGAGGAGCCAGAUGAGGAGCUGGCAGCGCUGGUGCGGACGCUGAAGCGGAUUCGGGAUGAAGAGCUGGAGCAUUUGGAUCAUGCCGUGGAAAAUGAUGCGAAGGAGGCCAGGCCAUAUGAUCCGCUGGUCAAUGUUAUCCGGUUAGGGUGCAGGGCCGCAAUCCAGAUCAGCCAGCGGGUAUGA